AUGUCCGAAUCCUACACACCGCAAGACGAAGAAGCGCUCAGCCCACUUACAGAACUGGAGGAUUACACCGACGAGGACGAAGCUGAGAGGUAUCGCGAAACAUCACCAAGCCCAGCAUCAUCAUCCACAUCAUCACCUGUUUGGUCAGUCACCUCAUCAGAAGACAGGGACGAUAUCAGUACAAUUCCGGCCCCGGAGGAUGAACAAGAACAACUAGAGUCGAGAUACGCGGAUCCCCAGCGUAUGGCGAGCUGCAUAACCCAAUCCGUAAUGCGAGAGUUGAGUCAUCUACCUCUCCAUCAGCAAGCCGAGCUUGCGCGUGAAGCGGUGGCAUCGUGGUGA